CCCCUGCGAUGCGGCGCGCUCGCUCCUUGCCGAGGCCGGUGUGUGCGCGCCGCUCAGUGCCUUCGGGUCCUAGUGGAGCUUCGCGCAGGUUUCACGCUGCCAGCGGUGGCCACGUCUGGCCGAGCCUCAGUGGGCCUCGCCGGGGCAGGGCCUCCCUCCGCUUCUCUCCCGUACUCGGCCCCGCCCUCCGCGUGUUCGAGGCGGGGGCUUCCUAGCACCUGUGGUCAUCGAGGCUUGGCUGUUUCCAGGAGCCGGCCGGCCGUGCAGCUGCACCAGCCGCGGACCUUACCCUGGAUGGGAACCCUGUUCCCAUCACAAGCGGCGGAAGCUUCUGGGGAGAGAGGAGCACAGGCAGUGAGAUGAAGACCAAGUACACGCUGAUAGACGAGCAAGACAUCCCGCUGGUGGAGGGCUACUCCUUUGAGGCCAGGAUGGAGGUCGACGCAGAUGGAAAUGGCGCCAAGAUAUUUGCAUGUGCCUUUGACAAAAAUCGAGGAAGGGGGUCAGGAAGGCUUCUUCACGAGUUGCUGUGGGAGCGGCACCGAGGGGGCAUCGCCCCCGGCUUCCAGGUGGUACAUCUGAAUGCGGUGACGGUGGACAACCGCCUGGACAAUCUGCAGCUGGUGCCGUGGGGCUGGCGGCCCAGAGCGGAGGAGACCUCCAGCAAGCAGAGGGAGCAAAGCUUAUACUGGCUCGCCAUUCAGCAGCUGCCCACGGACCCCAUCGAAGAGCAGUUCCCUGUCCUGAACGUGACCCGGUACUACAACGCCAACGGGGACGUGGUAGAGGAGGAGGAGAGCUCCUGCACCUACUAUGAGUGCCAUUACCCACCCUGCACGAUGAUGGAGAAGCAGCUCCGGGAGUUCAACAUCUGCGGGCGCUGCCAGGUGGCCCGGUACUGUGGCUCCCAGUGCCAGCAGAAGGACUGGCCUGCCCACAAGAAGCACUGUCGGGAGAAACGGCGGCCCUUCCAGCACGAGCUCGAGCCCGAGCGAUGACCGGGCUUCCUGGGCACCACGGACAGUUGGGUGGUUGGACCUGGCGGUGCUGAAGCCACCGGCGACGCGCCCCACAGUGGGCACCGUGUGCGGCCAGCACCACACUCUCUUCGAAGUCUUAAUGUUGAGCAGAGACAGCUGGGGAGGCUCCGCCAGGAUGCUUCUCGUUAUUUAUAUGUUAAUAUGUUUGUAAACUCAUGUACAGUUUUUUUGGGGGGAGGGCAGUCGGAGGGUUAGAAAUUACAAAUAGAAUCAUUUG